GAUACCACCCCUUCUCUUGAUGACAGCCUGACAAACAUACAGUGGCUUUGUAAACUGGAAUCCAAUCCACUGUUGGAAACGGAACAGAAGAACGCCACCGGGGAGCCAACAUGUAUGAAUCCUUACCCAAAGCCUCCAUUCUCUUACGCUACCCUCAUAUUACUGGCUAUUAACAGCACUUCAGAAAAGCGCAUGACUCUGCAGGACAUAUACAAAUGGAUAGAGGACAAUUUCCCUUAUUACAAAAACUGCAAAAAAGCAUGGAAGGUAAUAACAGUUGUGUUGUUUGAUAAAUUGAUGCAAAUUUAUUUCUUAUCAUGAAUGGAUGAUAAUGUUUGUAAGCCUUAGUUUAACGUGUAUACUUGGCAGGACAAUCAAGUACAACAGUGCUUUUGAUCCUUUCUAAUUCUACAUAAGAAUAUUCAAUCCCAGUCUUGCAACAACACAACAAAAAGGAGCAUUUGACUACUGAAAUCUCCAUGCAAUAGCCAUCUGUUCUGCGCUAGAAGGGUUCCCACCAUGUGCUAGUUUUGAUGGACAAUUCCCAGUAAAACUGAUACAUGUUCAUAAUCCCUGUGAAAUUUUGUUCUUGCAGAAUUCCAUCCGUCAUAACUUAUCACUUCACAGCUAUUUCCUCAAGGCCCAAAGGCCAUCCAAUCUUCCUGGAAAAGGAAGUUACUGGUCCAUAUCACCAGAAGGGAAAGAGAACAUCAUGAAAGAAGUCAUGAAGCAUCAGCAGCCACUUAUCAACCAAGAUAUGACCUUAGAGCAAUCAAACACAAGGGGACUACGACCAAUACUGCCCAAACCAUCAGAGGAUCAACUCGUUGCUAGCACUUUAUUGAACAAGGGUGGUGUUCAAAUUUUAACAGAUGGAAGUGUUAAUGGAUUACCUGGUAGUAUUCCAGUAGUGAUUUUACCAACCCAGCUUUACAUGAAUAUGUUUAGCAAAAUUGCUUCUCAAGCUGCUACAGGAAGUACCACAGCAGUUGGAGUAAGUCCUACUCUCGUGCCCAUGACAACAGAAACUCAAAGUACUGUAAACCCUGGGUUUGCCCAGCUAGUUCCUGAAUCUGAAGAACUUGGACAAGAUAGUGAAACAAUCCUCUCAGAAAUAGCCAUUACAGAGGAGGAGAUAGGAUCAGGAUGUUCAACAUCAGUGACUCAGAUAUCACAAGAAAACUGUGAAAACAAUUCUGCAACUAUGACAGUGGAACAAGCCCUAUGUAAGAUUGAAAAGAGGGAAAAUGGAAAUUCUUCAGAAAGGUUUAUAAAUAGUGCACCAAUCAUCAGUAGGGAGACCUGUGAGAGCCCUAAUAUAGUUGAUAUUAAAACUGAGAAAAAUGAAAUUUUAGCCCUACACAUCAAGAAGACUAAAACAGACAAACGUAAAAGCAAACCUUACAGUAAGAAUCAAACAUCUUCAUGUGUGCAAAGAAAGCAAGAUUUAAAACAACCCAAGCGCUCACCACUUCGGCCCUGCCCCCAGCUCACCUUGGCUGCCAUCAAUUCACAAGCUAAUGAAAUGUCAUCACCAGGACACAUCUUUAGCAAACACAAUAACAGUGAAUUCAAUUGUAUAUCACCUUUAAAACCACUGAUCACACCUACAAAAAACCUUGAAAACCAGAGCUUCCUGACCUCCUUGCUAGUUUCACCUCUUGGUUAUAACAACAGUGGUCACACAGGCUUUACAUCCUUGCAAUUUUCUUCAGACAGUGGAUUCUUCUCACCAUUCCAGGAAGGGACAGUGGAUUAUGGAUUUUUAUUGUCCCCUGAGAGGUUUGGAAACAGUAGGGUUUGUAGUACACCACAGAGCUGUCGUAAAUCUUUGGGGCUUGGUUUGACUUGCAAAAAUCAGGGAAAGAAAGCUGAUGAGUAUGAUGCUGAUUUUGCAAGACUUUGA